AUGACGAGGUGGACGCCGCAACAAAAAAGACCAAGAGGGAGGCCUAAGAAACGUUGGAGCGACUGCAUCGAAGAAGACCUUAGAAAGAUGGGAAAGUUUACCAACUGGAAAAGAACAGCCAAGCUUCGUGAUAACUGGAGGAUGAUUGUAGAGGAGGCCAAGACCCACAAAGGGUUCAAUGUGCAUGCCGUCCUGGUUUCCGAGAGCUGGCUCAAACCAAAUCUCUUAUCCACCUCGUACCCUCUUCCUGGCUUCGUUUUUAUUCGGAAUGAUCGGCUUGGGAGAAGAGGGGGUGGCGUGGCAAUAUACCUUCGAUCGGACUUUCCUUAUAAGAUCUUGGCUACUUCUUCUAGUCCUCUGCCUAGUGCUGAAUUUCUCUUUUUGGAGGUUUCAGUCAAAGGAGCCAAAGCCGUCGUUGGUGUGGUUUACUGCCCCCCCUCUGUCGACUACUUCACUGAUUUGGAAUCGGUUUUAGAAUCGUUAGGUUCUGAGUAUGCUCAUUACAUCAUCAUGGGUGAUUUUAAUACAAAUCUCCUUGCUCCCAACUCUCCUCGAACCCGUAAACUUUUGCACGUUCUGGAAUCAUCCAGCUUGCAUAUUUUACCUCUUCAGGCUACUCACCGAUCUAAGAUUGGUGAUGAUUCCUGGCUGGACCUAAUUCUGACGUCUAACCUCUCCCUUAUUUCCUGUCACGGUCAAUAUACUGCGCCUGGUUUUUCUCACCACGACCUCAUUUUCCUCUCCUAUAUCCUCAAACCUCCUAAGCCCAAGCCCAAGAUUUUGCAUAGGCGUUGUUUUGCAAGGAUGGAUGCUGAGCGGUUGGUCAAGGAUGCGCUAGACGUUGAUUGGACACCAUUAAUGACUUCUGAUGAUGUAGAUCAUAAAAUUUUGAUUUUUAAUAACAUGGUGAACAUAUUAUAUAAUCGCCAUGCACCAGUUAAAAAAGUCAGAGUGAAACGGCCGCCAGCACCGUGGAUGACUGAACUCAUACGUAUAGCAAUGCGUAGGCGGGACCGUGCAUUCCGUAAAUUUAAAAAAGACCGUACUGAUGAAAACUGGUCUCAGUUUAAAACUGCGAGGAAUCGGUGUAAUACGAUGAUACGUAAUGCUAAACGCCGCCAUAUAUUGAAUAAUAUAUCAUCCUCGUCUUCUGCUGACAUCUGGAAGUUUCUUGGAACUCUGGGUAUUGGCAAAUCGCGACAUUUGGACCUGCCUAACACAAUUAGUUUUGAUGCUUUAAAUAGUCAUUUCUGCACUUCUUCUUCCUCUCGUUUGGACUAUUUAAUGAAGCAAGAUACUCUCAAUUAUAUACAUCGUCUAACGCGUCCCGAUAUCAAAUCUUUUGGUUUUGUGCCAGUCGACGAGGAAGAGGUCAAAAAGAUUAUCCUGUCCAUCAAAUCUAAGGCGGUGGGGUGUGAUAACAUCAGCCGUCAGAUGAUUGUCCCUAUCCUAGUCCCAAUCCUUCCUGUUAUCACUCAUAUCAUAAACUUUUCUCUCUACUCUGGAGUUUGUCCCUCACUUUGGCGGAAAGCUUACGUGCGUCCUCUUCCUAAAAUUUCCAGUCCCACCCUCCCCAGUCACUUUCGUCCAAUUUCCAUCCUACCUUUCUUAUCCAAAGUGCUUGAGGCUUAUGCUCAUAAGCAAUUUGCUCGUUUCAUCUACGGCAAUAAGCUACUGAGCCCUUUCCAAUCCGGAUUUAGGCCGGGCCACAGCACUUCUUCUGCCCUCCUCAAAGUGACUGGCGAUAUUAGAUUUGCUAUGGAAGACGCUAAUCUCACAGUGCGUUAG